AUGUCGGGGCUCGCAAACAGCCGCCUGAAGGAGGAGCGCAGGAACUUCCGGAAGAGCCGUCCAUUUGGCUUCGUCGCCAAGCCCGCGACGCUGCCGGACGGCUCGCAGGAUCUGAUGCGGUGGGAGUGCGUCGUGCCCGGCAAGGAGGGAACUCUGUUCGAGGGUGGCGUUUUUGCAAUGACGAUGGUGUUUGACUCCGACUACCCUCAGUCGCCGCCGAAAUGUUCUUUCGAUCUCAUCGACGGCAAGCCGCUCUGCCACCCGAACGUGUACCCCAGCGGGAAGAUUUGUCUGUCGAUAAUCAACCCCCAGGGCUCAGAUGGCGGCACCUGGACGCCCUCCACGCAGAUCAAGGUCAUCUUGUUGGCCAUCCAGACGCUGCUCGACGAGAAGGAGGUCAACCCUUUGUCGCCCGCGCAGACCGACGCGUACCAGCUCUUCACAAAGGACCGCGUGGCGUGGCGGAAGCGCGUGCGAGAGCAGGGUGGCGCUAGCGGGAUGAGCAGCCUGCUCGGCCUCCUCGGCAGCGCGGCGUUCGCGCUCGUUGCCGUCUACCUCGCGUCGCUCGUCACUGUCUGCCAUGGGCCGUGCGGCAACAAGAAGGACGACGUCCUCUACGAGAUGCGCAGUGCUGCCUGCUGCAGCCCGUCCGUGCAGGAUUGCGGCAACUUCCUCCCGGGCCAGGGCUCCACCUGGCUGCACGGCAUCUGCAAGCCCACCGCGCCCGACUUUUGCAACCUGCUUAAACCCAAGAGCUUCUUCAACGGCUGUUCGGCUGCGGGGACCGUCCAGGACGCGGUGGACAACGCGGUGGACAACUUUUUCGGCCGCUAAGGGGCGUGCAUCGAAAGGGGGGGAGGCACCUCCGUGUGAGCAGGACGCGCGCGCACGGUGUGCCAGAGGAGGGACGAACGCGCGCACGCCGCGCGGAGGAGGGAGCACGGCACGCACAGCGCCACAGCACCCACACCCCGGAGCCUACACCGCCAGGCACGCAACCACGCUUUGGGCCCCGACAGCAGACUUUUUGUCCUGACUCCUGUUUUUCGGGACUCUAGAGAGCUGUUGCGCUGACGGGGAGAAGCGGAUAGAAGCUCGCAUCCGU